UGAGUGGCUGAUCACAUGACCGCCUCUCUGGCAACUGCUUUAGGAGCUUCAGCUAUGGGGCUCCGCUCGGGUUUGGGGUUCUUGAUGGGGGCGGCGCUGGUGGCGGCAGCUGCGGCGACAUGCGGCUACCAGUCCUGCCCAGUGACAAAGCCCAACAUGCUCAAUGUUCACCUUAUCCCACACACACACGAUGAUGUGGGCUGGCUGAAGACUGUGGAUCAGUAUUUCUUCGGAGUCCGCAAUGACAUCCAGCAUGCUGGGGUGCAAUACAUCUUGGACUCAGUCAUCCCGCAGCUGUUGGCUGACCCCAGCAAGCGUUUCAUCUAUGUGGAAGUGGUCUUCUUUGCCCGCUGGUGGGGACUGCAGACUGAAGCCAUGCGCCAGGCCGUGCGGCAGCUUGUUGCGGAGGGGCGCCUGGAAUUUGUGAAUGGCGGCUGGUGCAUGAACGAUGAAGCAGCCGUACACUAUAACCCAGUCAUUGAUCAGAUGAGCCUCGGCCUCCAUUUCCUGAAAGAAACUUUUGGCGAAUGCGGCCGGCCCCGUGUGGCCUGGCACAUUGAUCCUUUCGGGCACAGUCGGGAGCAGGCCUCGCUGUUUGCACAGAUGGGCUAUGAUGGUUUCUUUGUGGGCCGCAUUGACUACCAGGACAAGGCUCAGCGCGAGGCCUUGUGUGAGAUGGAGCAGCUGUGGCGUGGAAGCGGAAGCCUGCCUCCCCCUGCUGCUGAUCUCUUCACUGGUGUCCUGCCAAACGGCUACAACCCUCCCAUGUCUCUUUGCUGGGAUCAGAUCUGCUCGGACAACCCCAUUGUCGAUGACAACAGCGAUGAGAACAAUGUGGAGAGUAUCGUGGCAUAUUUCCUGGGGACGGCGGCUGGUCAGGCAAAACACUAUCGCACCAACCACAUUGUCAUGACAAUGGGAUCCGACUUCCAGUACGAGAAUGCCCUCCUUUGGUACAAGAACAUGGACAAGCUCAUCAAGCACGUCAAUGCAAAGCAAUUGAACGGGAGCCGCGUCAACGUCCUCUACUCCACCCCAAGCUGCUACCUGUGGGAGCUCAAUAAGGCCAACAUAUCAUGGACUGUGAAAUACGAUGACUUCUUCCCAUAUGCUGACGGUCCUCACCAGUUCUGGACAGGCUACUUCACCAGCCGCCCAGCUUUGAAACGCUAUGAGCGGCUCAGCAAUAACUUCCUGCAGGUCUGCAACCAGCUCGAAGUGUUGGCUGGCGCACAAGCAAAUGUGGGGCCUUAUGGCAAUGCCAGCAGUUCUGUGCUGCGCCAGGCCAUGGCAGUUGCCCAGCACCACGAUGCAGUGAGUGGCACAGCAAAGCAGCAUGUGACCAAUGACUACGCGAAACAGUUGUCUACUGGCUGGGAUGCCUGUGAGGUUGUGGUCAGCAAUGCCCUCACCAGUAUCGUUGGAAGCAAAGAGAACUUCAUCUAUUGCAACUAUCUUAACAUCAGUGUCUGCCUGCUGACUGAAGUUGCCUCUACUUUCAUGGUGAUUGUCUAUAACCCUCUAGCCCGCCCUGUGGGAUGGAACGUCCGGCUGCCGGUGAAUGGAAGCCAUUACUCGGUUUUAGAUCCUAGUGGCCAGGCUGUUCUGAGUGAGGUCAUUCCCGUAUCAAAUUUCACCCGUGCUGUUCGGCAUGAUCGGGGCGAUGCUGUCAAUGAGUUGGUGUUCCAGGCAUCUGCCCCACCGCUGGGCUACACCACUUACUUGGUCUCUAGACUGCCCGGCAAGGAGCCAGCACGAUCCAGACUUCUGAAGAGGUUGCCCCACCAACCUGGAGCAGACAGACUUUCUUGGUCAAUCCAGAAUGAGCAUCUACGAGUUCUGGUUGACCCCAAAACAGGACUCCUGAAGGAGAUUCAGAACCUGGAUAAGAACAUCUCCUUGCCAGUGUCUCAGAACUUUUUCUGGUAUAAUGCCAGCGCUGGGAAUGAGGAGAAUUCCCAGGCCUCUGGGGCCUAUAUCUUCCGCCCAGACACCUCUCAGACCUUCCCCAUUGCCAAGGGAGCUCAGUUGCACCAUGUGAAGACCCAAGUGGUGGAGGAGCUGUACCAGAACUUCUCUGCCUGGUGCUCCCAGGUGGUGCGACUCUAUGCCGGGCAGCCGUACGUUGAGCUGGAAUGGACAGUGGGACCCAUCCCUAUCCGAGACGGUCUUGGCAAGGAGAUCAUCAGCCGCUUCGAGACAGACCUGCAGACCGCUGGCCGCUUCUACACAGACUCCAACGGGCGUGAGAUCCUAGAGAGAAGGCGCAACUACAGGGCCACGUGGAACCUGAGCCAGACGGAGCCUGUGGCCGGCAACUACUACCCUGUCAACAGCCGUAUCUACAUCAAGGACCAGAAGGUGCAGCUGACGGUGCUGACAGACCGCUCGCAGGGAGGCAGCAGCAUCUUCGACGGCUCUCUUGAGCUCAUGGUACAUCGACGGCUGCUGCAUGACGAUAGCCGGGGCGUAGGGGAGCCAUUGCUGGAACCUGGCGACUUCCACCAUGGGCUGGUGGUGAGGGGUCGCCACCUCAUCCUCUUGGACACAGCAGAGUCGUCAGCUGAGCAGCACCGCCUGUGGGCCCAGCAGGAGUUCAUGGCACCACAGCUGGUGUUGGCCCCAGGGGGUCAGGGACCUCCAUACCAGCCUGGCCAGGACAACGUGAAGGAGUUCUCUGCUCUGCACCAGGCUCUCCCUUCAAAUGUCCACUUGCUCACGCUGGCCCAAUGGGAGCCUGACUCCGUUCUCAUCCGUCUGGAGCACCAGUUUGAAAGGGGGGAGAGCGUCAAUGGCUCCAUGCCUGCUGUUGUUAACUUGCUGAACUUGUUCUCAUCUUUCAACAUCAUCACUGUGCAAGAGAUGAACUUGGCUGCUAACCAGAAGCGGGAAGACAUGAGCAGGCUGAUCUGGCAGCCAGCUGAAGGCGCAGCGAAACAGCAGUCCAGUAGCAGGCUGGACCCAACACACAUUGCACUACAACCCAUGGAGAUCCGGACGUUCCUGGCUCGUAUUCAGCACAAAACAAGGCCUGGCACAGAGAUCUGAGCAGAAGGAUUAAUAUUCCGUCCAAAUGGAGUUGUGUCAAGCAAGGGCAGGACACUGGAGCUCUUGACGGGGCCUUUUCAAUGGAGAUGAAAUGAUUUCUCUCCAAGCCAAGACAUUCUCGUGGAGAGAGGAUUCUUUUAGGCUGCUAAAAGGCAGUAGAAUCAGCUACUGUGAACUUCUGCAAUGAUUUUGGUAAAUAAGGGAUCACUGAAAUGCCUUUAUACUCCCUUUUCCUCCACACAUACACACCAAAGAAACUUGGAUCAUUUUCAGGGGAGGGUGUGGAGUUGGUGGAGUACUUGGGCUACCGUAAGUGCAAUCAUUACCUUUUCAAUAAACCACUUAAAAACAC